AUGAAGCUCCACAUCGAUGUGUUCGACUUGACCAAUGUCAAGACCGACAAAGCUCGGCGCUUGGUGAUCGACACCGAAUGGACCAUCGACCGGGUGCGGGUGGAGGCAUACGCCGCGGCACUGGUCCUGCCGCCGCUGUUCGACGACGGCCGCCACCGUGACCAGGCCUCCCUGCAGGAGGCCCUGCGCCACACGGUCGGCAUUUUCGGCAUCCAGCUGUGGGCCCGGUCAACCCCGAGCAUGGAAAUCACCAACAUGCAGCAGCUCACCCUGCUGAUGGACAAGUCGGUGCUGGUAACCUUCGGCGGUCGGCCCGGGACCCAGCAGCCGGCCGCCGUGGCCCGACAGAUCGCCGCCAUGGGGGUCAAUACCCGGCUUCGGCCCGAUGGCCGGGCCCCCACCGACCCGGUGUCGGCUCCCUGCUCGCCGGUGCUGGAGGUGCCGCCCGGGCCGCCCGGCGGCUUGGGCCUGGCUCCAGGCUUCGCCCCGCCCCCCGGUCCGCCGGGCAGCGGGUUCACCUCGGCCCCGGUGUCGCCACUGGCGCCGGCCGGGGUCGGCGGCCGCGCCGGGUCCACCGCCGCCGCACUUGGCUUCGGCGAGCCGCCGCCGCCGCCGCCGCCGGCCGGUGCGCCGCGGCCCAUGGCUGGCUUUGGCGGCCCCCCGCCGGGCCCCCCGGGGCCGGGCUUCCACUCGUUGCAGGAGAUCACCAACAUGACCCCCUUCAAGCGGGGCCAGCUGCUGCUGAAGCUCCGCGACCAGGAUCCCUCGAAUAAGACCUGCGUCGACUGUGACACCGACGAGACCGAGUGGGCGGCCACCUCGCACGCGGCCUUCAUCUGCAUCCACUGCGCGGGGCGCCACCGGCAAGUGGGUGCUGCCUUGACCGCCUGUCGAUCGGUCUCCCUCGACUCCUGGACCCCGCAGAUGAUCUUCCUUGUGCAGAUUGGUGGCAACGGCCGCUUCCGGCGGCUCCUGGACUCUCUGUCGGACCUGCCGCGGAAACAGCUCGGCUUCAAUCAGGGCCUGGAGCCCUUCCAGGAGCGCUAUUCCCACGCCAGUGUCCAACAGUACAAGGCCCGGUUGAAGGCCGAGCUUGAUGAGCUCAGCCACCUCGACGGGCCCGCCAUCGCUGUCCGCUUCUCUCAGCUGGCUGAGUAGCUCCGGGAGCAAGAUGGCCCAUCCACGGUCCGGCCCCCGUUCCCCGUCGGCUGGCGGGGUGCUAGGCCACCACUCACAAAUACACACCCGCCUUUUCUCC